AUGUACGCCGCGGACGACGCGGACGAUGACGGGCACCGGACCGCGUUCCGCAUCGCGGAGAAGAAGUGCGCGCCGCGCCGCGCCUCGCGUCGUUUCUCGUCUCGUCUCGUCUCGUCGCGUCGCGUCGCGUCGCGUCGCGUCGCGUCCGCGCCCUCCCUCCGUCCGACGCGACGACGACGCAUCUCGCGGUCAUCACCACGUCUCAUCACCUGUCAUCUCGCCCGCGCCCUCCGCGCCUCCUCCUCCUCCUCCUCCGUCGCGCGCAGGUACAAGCUCCACCGCGAGCAGACGUUCCGCACGGACGCGAAAGGUCGCCGCCGCGGCAGGCUCGCGCGGCUCGUGACCAGACCGGUCGACCUCGACGACGUCGUCGACCUCCGCGACGCCUCCUCCUCCUCCGCGCUCGUCCGACGCGUGAGCGACGACGACGGCGUCACCGAGUACUUCACGAUGCCGGAGACGCACCCGGGGUGCGUCCUCGUCCCGAACGCGCUCGACCUCGACGCCCAGCGCGAGUGGCUGCGAGCGGCGGCGACGACGAUGCACGAGCCCCCCGCGAGGACGAACCACGGCGCCGCGCGCGGGAGCUUCUCGGGUCUGUGGGACGCGGCGGCGACCGGCGACCGCUGGCUGCGCGACCGGGAGGCGCGCGAGGGAAGAAGCGAGGGAAGCGAGGGAAGCGCGGGAAUGGAAAAAGAAACGGACGCGUGGGAGACGUUAGACCCGGCGCCGACGAAGGGCGACCCGCGAUGCGCGACAUCCGCGUCGCAUCUACUGCGGAAGCUGCGUUGGGCCACCGUCGGCGCGCCGUACGACUGA